GCCCUCCCUGCAGCUGUUCUGUCAUCACAUGGCUGAGGAAAUGUAAAUUGCACUUCUAAGCAGGGUCCGAAGAUACACGUCAACAUGGCUGUGAUGGGCAUACAGAUGGUGGUCUCUUUAUUGGCGGCCAGUAUCAUGCAUAGAGUGUCCCCCCACUACUCCUUUGCACGAUGGAUCCUAUGUAAUGGAAGCCUGUUCCGUUACAAACACCCAACUGAGGAUGAGCUUCGAGCACUUGCCGGGAAGCAGAAACCCAAAGCUAGGAGGGAAAGGAGAGUUAAUGGAAUGACAGACGAAAAACCCCUGACAGUUCCAAGAGACAUAGACUUGCACUUGGACACUCAGCAAAUUACUGCUAUUGAUUCUCUUGUCCUUCGCUAUUUCCUGGAGUAUCAGUGGUUUAUAGACUUUGCUUUAUAUUCAACCAUCAUUUACCUGUUCACUGAGGGAUAUUAUUGCCUUGUGGAUGCCCAAAAUGAGCUGAACAUUGGGAUUCUCUGGUGUCUUAUAACUGUCAUGUUCUCCAUUAAAGUCCUCUUGACAAUGAUGAAGCACUACUUCCGUUCUGAAGAAGGAGGAGAGCGUUCUGUCUGUUUGACAUUUGCUUUCUUCUUUGUUCUCAUUGCUAUGAUAGUGAUGAUUGUGAGGGAAGAAUAUCUGGAGUUUGGACUGGAAUCAGGUCUGAACAGCAUCUGUCACAAUCUGGAACUCUUAAUGAAGCAGCGAGGCUGGCAGGUGUCGAUUCCUUUUAUUAUACUUGCCUUUAAAAUUGCCUUGGUGGCACUUUGCUCUUUCCUUGGUGCCUGCCUGACGUUUCCGGGCCUACGUUUGGCUCAGACUCACCUAGAUGCUCUUAAAAUGGCAGCAGAUAGACCAAUGCUACAGUAUAUGUCUGACUCAACGUACAACACCUUCCGCUUGUGGAUCAUCGUUGUUUUAUGCCUCCUCCGUCUCUCCUUGACCCGCUACCAUUUGCAGGCCUACCUGGAAGUGGCUGAUACUUGGGUGGAGCAGAUGAAAAGAGAAGCUGGGCGUAUAUCUAUGUUGGAGAUCCAGCGUAAAAUUUCCCGUAUCUUCUGCUACCUUACUGUUAUAGCUCUUCAGUACCUGGCUCCUAUUAUUCUUACCCUUCAUUGUAUUCUCUUGAUGAAAACAAUGGGUGGUUAUUCCUGGGGACUAUACCCAGAGGAAACUGGGUUUACACCUGUUGUAGGUUCCUCUCCUGCACCUUCCACAGUAUCUUCUGAAGAAGAAGAAGAGGACACAGAGGAUGUUCAGAUGGCAGUGGAGCACAUAAUAGGAGCGCUCAGUGCUUUUCGAGAUAUCUUUCCUUCAAUUUUCUUUCGUGGCCUCUUUAGUUUCCUGACCUGGUGGGUCUCUGUUUGCCAGAUUGUCACCAGCCUCUUUGGUCUGUAUUUUCACCAGUACUUAGGGGGUUCUUCCUAAUGAAAAAUCCGGAUGAGACUGAGACUUCUGUUUGUAGUGAGAACCAUAACGAAGGUGUUCCUUCACCAAUGGAAAUACUUUCUUGUGGCAUACUAGUACUCUUCAACUAAAUCAUUUUAGUUACUUUAAAGAGAAUGUAACAAAGAAGAAAAGAAUUGCUUUGGAUAUGUGA